CAACAAUGGAGAAAGCUCUCUGCUACAUAUUUUGAUUUCUCUUUCUUCUUCAUUCCCUUCUUUUUUUUCUGAUCUGAAGCUCCUGCCGGUCUCGAGAAAUGGUGAAUCCGGUGGGUUUCAGAUUCCGUCCGACCGACGAGGAGAUCGUCGACCAUUACCUCCGGCCGAAAAAUCUGGAAGGUAACACGAGUCAUGUCGACGAAGUCAUUAGCACAGUCGAUAUCUGUAGCUUCGAUCCAUGGGAGUUACCUUCCCAGUCGAAGAUGGAAUCGACAGAGCAGGUCUGGUUUUUCUUCGGCUGUAAGAAGGAGCAGCAACAUAGCAGAGGUGAUCGACAGAGCAGAAAAACGAAAACUGGGUUUUGGAAGAAAACCGGAGUGACCAUGGACAUCACGCGCAAGAGGGUAAAUCGCGAGAAGAUCGGUGAGAAAAGGGUUUUGGUGUUUCACUACAGUAAGGCUUUCGGUGGAUUCAAAUCCGAUUGGGUUAUGCACGAAUACGUCGCUACGGUCUUGUCUCCUACUCAGGUGACAUAUACAUUCUGUAAAGUUAUGUUUAAGGGUGACGAGAGAGAGCUUUCUCCUUCUUCUGUUGCUGCUAGUGGAAUUAUGCAUAGUCACUCUUUAAUGGUCCCUCAUGGGAACGAUCCUGUAGGACUGAGUACAGAGACAGAGGGAUCUUCCUUGGAAUUACAGAAUAAUCCAAAUCAGUUUUGGGGUAUUCUUGAUGAGCAGCAAGAAACUGGGAUCUUUGAAGAUUACCUCAUCGAUUUUGAUGAUGAUGAGCAGAGGAAGAUUAUGUUUGUGCAAGAGAAUCGCAGCGUUUACAGGCCUAAACAGUCACAGACUGGUGUCUUCACUGGUCAUAGCAGUGAUGAUAGUGAUUCUGAUUCCAUCUCUGCAACAACAAGUUCCAUUCAAACUUCGAGCACUUGUGAUAGUUUUGGCGACUCAAAUCACCGCAUAGACCAAAACACAGACCUGCAAGAAUCUCCUAGCUCAACAAUCGAGUUAGUGUCCAAUAUUGAUACAUCCGAGAAGAAGAUGAAUCCUUAUGACGAUGCACAGGGAAGUGAGAUCAGAGGGGAUCAAAUGGGUCAAGAGAUGAUCAAGAACAAAAGAGCUGGUUUCAUUUACAGGAUGAUGCAAAAAUUCACCAAGAAAUUCCAGCUAUGUUGUUCUGUCUCAAGAACAUGAUACUAGUAAAUGAGAUCGAUCAAGAUUCAAGAACACCUUUUAUAGUUUCCAAAUUUGUGGAAGUAAGAGUUGUAUCUAUCUUGUUUAUGUGCAAAUGAUUUAUGUCUAUCUUGUUUUGGUGUUUUUGUUGGUAUUGUAUGUAUGUCCUAAUUUAUACAUAAAGGUAUAAUUUUGAUCAGAAAGUGGUAAUAGAAAGACAAAUUUGUG